AUGAUGCUGCCGUCGAACUAUCAGCAUAUUGUUCUUAGGGGACUACCAUAUGAACGUGGCCAUACACAUGGAGAACAGGCUCGGCAGAAGAUUCUUGAUAGCCUUGCUCACUAUCACGCCCCGGGAAAAUUACUUCCAUGGGAGACGUCUCUGCGCAUCAUCAAGGAGGUCUAUCUCCCAGGUAUAGAGAAAUAUUUUCCCGAAGCACUCCCUGAGCUUCAAGGUAUCGCAGAUGGAGCCGGCGUUGAUUUGGAUGAGAUUUUGUUCCUCAAUGCCCGUUACGAUCUUGCUAGGGUUCGGGGAUCAACUAUUCGACCUUGUCCCUCGAGCUCAAAUACAAGCCCCUCUAAAGUCGCCGUAAAUGGCCAUGGAACUCAAAAUGAUAUGCAAGAGCUUCAAGAGUGUACCACUGCUGGAUUCCUUGCUGAGUCCAUGAGCAAUGGUGACAUUAUCUUGGCCCAAAAUUGGGACAUGUCAGCCAACGUUUACCUUAAAGAUACGGCUGUAUACCUAGAGAUCCACCCGGAUGCAUCUGAAGAUCUGCCCGCUAUGUUCGUAAUGACUGAAGCGGGCCAGUUGGGUCGCUCCGGCUUUAACUCCGCAGGACUUGGCGUCUGCGCCAGCUCUCUCAUGUCAACUGAAGAUUACUUCCCACUGGAUCUCUCUCUGCCUCCAGGGAGUCCGCAGGAACCACUCUUACCAAUGUCACUGGUCCGCCGACAGUUCUUGCACAACACCAAUUUUGCCAAUGCACUUAUAAACGUCAAAAAUGCCCCGAGGCACCUAUCGAAUAAGCUCAUUGUCGGAACUGCAGACAACUUUAUCAUGUCUUUGGAGAUUACGCCAGGUUCUGUUCACCUCGGAUAUCCUUCUAACGGAGAUAACUUUGUGGUAGCAUCGAAUCAUUUCACCAGCGAAUCCUUCCAAGCAAGUCAAUGGAACGAUCGUUAUCCCGGCGGCAGCAGUUGGUUCCGCGCCGUGAGAGUUGACCAAAGAGUCAGGCCAUCGAACAAUAAACAGCUAACGGAAGAGAGCAUAACCGAAGCGUUUUGUGAUCAUUUGUCACUACCUUCGUCUGUCUGUCAACACAUGGAAGAUUGCACAGUCAAAAACGUACCAGAUUAUCCAUACAAGGGUGCCCAGACAACUUUGGCUCAUGUUCGAUACAACCUAACCAAGCGAACGACGAGCGUUUGCAAAGGCCCGCCCUGCAUGGGAAAAUUUGAUCAGUAUUCUCUACCUAUUACAAGUAAUUUAGGUCAGCAUGAAAACAGAGAGAUUGGUGUCAACUACACGAUUGUAAAUGGCAAGCUCAGGAAGCAGGAAACAUCUCAGUAG